GCCAAGGACGAGGGGUGGGAAGACCUCGAUGCUGAGGACCAUGACGACCCGCUGAUGGUGACAGAAUACGUCGAGGAGAUCUUCAACUACAUGAGGAAGCUCGAGCUCGAGUACCUGCCGAACGGUGAUUACAUGUCAAUGCAACGAGAGAUCGACUGGACAGUUCGAGGUGUCCUCAUCGACUGGCUCAUCGACAUCCACGGCAAGUUUCGCCUCCUUCCCGAGACGCUCUUCCUGGCUACCAACAUCGUCGACCGAUUUCUCACCCAUCGGACGAUCUCUCUCGCUAAGCUGCAGCUUGUCGGUCUCACCGCAAUGUUUUUGGCUGCCAAGUACGAAGAAGUCCUUUGCCCCAGCGUCAAGAUCUUCCUCCAGCUCGCAAAUGGCGGCUACACUGACGAGGAGAUCUUGCGUGCCGAGCGGUACAUGCUCAAGGUCCUCAAGUUUAACCUGAGCUACGCCAACCCAAUGAACUUUCUUCGGAGGAUUUCAAAGGCGGACAACUAUGACAUCCAGACGAGGACCGUUGCGAAGUACUUCAUGGAAAUCUCGCUGGUGGACCAUCGAUUCUUGGAGCACCAACCGUCUCUCGUUGCGGCUGCUGCGGUGUGGACGGCUCGCUACGUCCUUGAACGAGGCGACUGGACGCCGACGCUCGUCCACUACUCUUCCUACUCGGAGCAAGAGCUCCUCACUACAGCUGAGCUCAUGGUCGACUAUACGCUGCGGCCGUCGAACCACGCUUCCUUCACAAAGAAGUACUCGAGCAAGAAGUUUAUGCGGGCGGCAACGUACGUCAAGGACUGGGGGAUGCGCAUGUGGGGUGAAUUUGGCCCCAGCGAGUGCGAUGAGGCGGGCGAUGCGCCAUUGGUGGAUCUCUUCAAUCAUGUGGGCGUCGAGCGACCCACUAAGCUCUGUUUUGGUUCGACAGGCAGCAGCGAUGGUACCGGGAGCGAGCCCGGUGACGAGGCCAACAACAGCGGCGGAUUCGAGGCUCAGCUGAAGGAAGUCGCCGGUGGAGACGACGAUGAAGAUGACGAUGAAGGCCUGGACGAUGAAGAGGAGGAAGAGUACUAG